CCGCCCCAACCAUUGCAUUGCCGGACAAGACGUCGAGCUGAUUCCGCGUUGGCUGCGAGAAAGCCGAGGGCCUCGCACGAAGACUGAAGCCGAUGCUGAGCCGACCCUCGAUCAAAAAGGUGCCCGUGGUACCUUUCGAUGCUCAAAGCUCCAGUAGUUGCGAUCUGCCGACUCUCGGAUCGCUCCACGUGCCGGUGUCGCAGUCCCUGAGCUCAACCAUCAUCGGACUUUCCGGCCCGCCCUAAACCGUCGACGCCGAUUAGGCUACGUUUCCUGGGGGCCAACCGCUGUAAAAGCCACCACCGAGGCCCGGCCUCUCACUCCUCCUUCGUGUUUCAAAGUAGCCACCAUGGCGCAACUCGAUACCCUCGACAUCGUGGUGCUCGCCGUCAUCCUCGUGGGCACCGUCGCGUACUUCACCAAGGGCACCUACUGGGCAGUUCCCACCGACCCAUAUGCCAGCUCUCUGGCUCUCGCCAAUGGCGCCAAGGCUGGCAAGUCGCGCAACAUUAUCGAGAAAAUGGAAGAGACGGGUAAAAACUGCGUCGUCUUCUAUGGAUCCCAGACCGGCACCGCCGAGGACUAUGCCUCUCGUCUCGCCAAAGAAGGCGCGUCCCGUUUUGGCCUGAAGACCAUGGUCGCUGACCUCGAGGACUACGAGUACGAGAACCUCGACACCUUCCCGGAAGACAAGAUCGUCAUGUUCGUCCUGGCCACUUACGGCGAGGGCGAACCCACGGACAAUGCAGUCGAGUUCUACGAGUUCAUCAUGAGCGACGAUUCCAGCUUCAGUGAAGGUGGAUCCGCUUCGGACAAGCCUCUUGGGAACCUGAAGUACGUCACGUUUGGACUGGGCAACAACACGUACGAGCACUACAACGCCAUGGUUCGGAGGGUAGACGGCGCUUUGACAAAGCUGGGUGCCACAAGGAUCGGCGCAGCUGGUGAGGGCGACGACGGUGCUGGUACUAUGGAAGAAGAUUUUCUCGCCUGGAAAGAACCUAUGUGGGCUUCUCUCAUGGAAGCGAUGCAAUUGGAAGAGCGCGAAGCUGUCUACGAGCCCGUUUUUGAGGUCGCUGAGAAGCCAGAGAUGGACGCCGAAGAGGACCAGGUUUACCUCGGUGAGCCGAACAAAAACCACCUCGAAGGUUUGCAAAAGGGCCCGUUCAACGCCCACAAUCCCUUCAUUGCCCCCAUCGCCGAAUCUAAGGAGCUUUUCUCCGCGGUCGACCGCAAUUGCUUGCACAUGGAAAUUGACGUCUCUGGAUCUAAUCUGACCUACACCACUGGUGACCACAUCGCGGUUUGGCCCACAAACCCUGGCAAAGAAGUCGAUCGUUUCCUUGCUAUUCUUGGUCUUACUGAGAAGCGCCACAUGGUGAUCAACAUCAAGGGUCUUGAUCCCACCGCCAAGGUUCCUUUCCCCUCUCCGACGACAUACGAUGCUGCUGUUCGCUACCAAAUGGAGAUCUGUGCCCCGGUCUCUAGACAGUUUGUUUCUUCUCUGGCGCAGUUCGCCCCGAACGACACCAUCAAGGCUGAGAUGGCCAAGAUGGGAGGCGACAAGGACUAUUUCCACGAGAAGGUAUCUGACCUCAACCUUAACCUGGCGCAACUGCUUGAGAUCCAUUCCAACGGUGAGCCCUGGACCAAGGUUCCUUUCUCCAUCUUGAUUGAAGGUCUUCACAAGAUCCAGCCCCGUUUCUACUCCAUUUCUUCUUCGUCAAUGGUUCAAAAGGACAAGAUCUCGAUCACUGCCGUCGUCGAGUCCAUCGUGAAGCCCGGUGCGCCGCACGUUGUCAAGGGUGUCACGACGAACUAUCUCCUUGCUCUUAAGCAGAAGCAGCACGGCGUCGCUGAGCCCGACCCUCAUGGCCUCAACUACGCGCUCACAGGUCCCCGCAAUAAAUACGAUGGAGUCCACGUUCCCGUCCAUGUCCGUCAUUCGAACUUCAGGCUUCCGUCGGAUCCUCGUAAUCCGAUCAUCAUGGUCGGUCCCGGUACCGGUGUGGCGCCUUUCAGAGCGUUCGUCCAGGAGCGUGCGCACCAAGCUCGCGCGGGCGAAGAGGUUGGAAAGACUGUUUUGUUCUUUGGCUGCCGUAAGAAGGUUGAAGAUUUCCUGUACGAGAAUGAGUGGGAUACCUACAAGAACGACCUCGGCGACAAAUUCGAGUUGCACGUUGCCUUCUCUCGUGAUGGACCUCAGAAAGUCUACGUGCAGCACAAGCUCGAGGAAAAUGCGGAAGUUAUCGACAAACUCUUACAGCAGAAGGCGUUCUUCUACGUUUGCGGCGAUGCUGCGAACAUGGCGCGCGAGGUUAACUCGCUUCUCAUCCGCAUCAUUGCCCAACAGCGGGGCGUCCCGGAGACCAAGGCGGAGGAGAUUGUCAAGAAGAUGCGCGCGUCGAACCAAUACCAGGAGGACGUCUGGUCGUAGAUAUGACAUCCCGGUUUUGUUAAUCCCGUUGGUUGCAGCCUUUCCGUGUUGCGCCGACGAUCGUGUAGGAAACAGAAUGUUUUCAGUUAGCGCUCGGCCUGCACAUAUCCCCGCCGUUUGCGCUCACUUCUUGUUCCAUGCCAUGCAUAGCUGCGAGGGGGUGAUUGGCGUAUGAUCUUUUCGUUAAUAGAG